AUGGGCCAUUUAUUUUCCAAGUUUCUUCGCCCUCCCCGCCGCCGGCCCCUGCCCCGCCGGAGUCGCCCGCUGGUCACUCCUGCCUGUGACACCGCCCAUGCUGGCCGCGACCACCCUGCCGCUCCUGCACCUGCCGCCUGCUCUGGGCGCAGGCCGUUCCAGCGGGCUCGCAGGCCUGUACCAGCUCGCUGCCACGGGGAGCCCGGGAGGCGGCAUCCGCUCCCCCAGGCCGCGGGCCCCCCUCUGGGCCUCCUCCCCGCGGUGAGCUGGAGGAGCCCUCCGGGUGGCCGUGCGCUGCCUGCGCGCAGUUCCCUGGUGCUCCGGCCCUCGAGGACUGCGAGGAUCCCUCCUCCCGUGCGCAAGGUCGCUCUCCUGCAUUCACUACCUGCGCAGGUAGCCAGGGCUGCGAGUCAGGUACCAUGCCCGCCCCUCCCCGCUUCGAUCCCACAGGGCAUGGAGGAGGAGGUCCCAGAGCACCCCGCAGGACAGAGGGAGGCUCCUGCAGAGGCCAAAGGGCCGGAUGGUGGGAGUGGCCGCCCCCACAGCCGCGGGGAUACACAGGGGACAUCCGAGCGCCCGGAGACCAGUGGCGUUCUCAGCCUCCACCGAGCCAGCCCUGCACCUCUGGACCGACGCCUCGUCCCCUCAGGAGAGAGCUCGUGGCACAGCACCCAGAUGUCUCCGGUGUCCUCCUCGGAAGGCCGUGCGGCCACCUCUUCAUGCGGUCCCGCGGGAGAUGGCCUCGGGAAGGCCGACAGGGAUGCGGCGGUGCUCCCGGGCCCACGCCCAUGCUGCCCCUUGCCGCAGGAGACAUCCGCGGAGGAGGCGGCGACUGAAAACCAUCAGCCCGUCCAGAGCGUGCGGGACGCAUCGAGGAAGGACCCGCAGGCUGAGGAGCCCUCAGGCGUCUCACCCCGGAGCCGUGGCCCGCCAGCACCUGCCAGCAGCGGGCGAAACAAAAGGAAACUGGGCAUGCCCCUCUGUCUGCCAUUGCCGCCGCCACUACCGCUGCUGUGGGAUCGAGGGGACGUGCCCCCACCCCCUAAGCUUCCUUGCGUUGCUGUUGACAAGGACCUAGGCACCGUGCAGAACACCGAGCGUCCGAGGAACAGGGCCUUGAAGGGCAGAACAAAGACCUUGGCCGACUGCCGGGCCGCUCAGCCUGCCCCUGCCUGCCCCCCGCUGGCCUGGGACACCGCAGGCUCCGCGCCCCUGGCCGCUCCCGCUGCCCAGGUCCCUGUGCCUCCCACCGCCGCGGCCGAGCCUUCUGCCGGGCCCCCGAUCCUAUCUGUCCCUCCGUCUUCCCCAACACAACAGGGUGGCCCGGAAACAGGACACGGAGGUCCUAAAUCUCCUCCUCUUGCUGUUCCUGCUGAUUCUCUUCCUCCGCUUACUUCCAGUCCCACUGGGGAAACUCCCCCUCGGGGAGGCCCUCUUCCACCAGGCAGCGCUGCAGCACCUGCCUCUGACCGCCCCCCACCUCCUAACACCUCAACCCCCUUACACCCAGCCUCCUGCACGAAAGAAUCCCCAGCCCCUAUGUGUGUGGACUCUCCCCCGCUCUCCCGGACAACCCCUCGUCCAGGCCACUGCACAGAUAGCUCCGUCGGUGUAGUCCAGCCUGGCACCUCUAAGCCGACGUCUUCUACCAUCGCAGCAAAGUCAUCUACUCUGACCCCCAAGCCUAUUUCAAACCCUGGUGUCGUGGACAUGGACACUACGCCUCCUUCCCGGGCUGUCAUCUUCAGCACGUCCCCGCACUGCAGGAUGAGCUGUCCUCCGUUUUCGCGGGGCCGUGGCAGUACGACGCAGAGAUGCCCUGCGAAAGUCGCAGCAUCCACCAGUCCACCGACAUCGGUGGCCCCCGGCCCCACCCCACUUCUUCAUCAACUCUUCGGCCUCCAGGUCACCCCUCAGCCCACACAUGGGACUCUGGCUGGGAGGCAGCAAACAGCUUUUCUUCCCAGUGCUCCUAUCGCCACUGGCUUGCCCAACCUCAGUUCUGGAGCCACCACCACUCCAGUAGGCAGCACCUCUGCAAACCUCAACGCUCACUCUGACCCCGAUGCCAUGGAUACCACAUCUCCCUCCCGGGCUGUCGUCUUUCACUCCCACCCUGGGUCCCAGAAGAACCAUUUGUCAUUUUACAAGGCACUUCCUGGUUCUGGCAACACACCACCUUCGAGCAGCACUGCCUUGGCCCACGGCUCUACCAAUUUACCUCAAAAGUCAGCCAGCAUACAGACCCCCGUUCCGAAGCACUCUAACGCAGGAAUGGCCUCUCAGCCCACAAUUGGAGGUCACAGUGGGCAACAGCCUAACAAUUCCUACCUGUUAGGGAAAACAGUAGCCCCAACACAGGCUGUCGGCCUGGCCCCUCCUAUAACUCACCCACCCGGAGGCAGCACAAUGCAGGCAGCUUUCGCGGGCUCUCCUUUUGGCACCAAUGUCAACAAGCAGACGGCCUUUGGUAACCAGCCAGGUAUUCUCCACACUCCUCACUCUACCACCACUGGCUUUCGAGGUCCGACUGGGAACACUAGCUCAUCACUCACAGCUACAAUGACGGGAACACAGAGCUUUGUGUGGUCUGUAGUCCCCAGUGGCCCACCCCUCACGGUUAACACCACAGGCCCACAGACCUUUGUGUGGUCUGUAGUCCCCAGUGGCCCACCCCUCACGGUUAACACCACAGGCCCACAGACCUUUGUGUGGUCUGUAGUCCCCAGUGGCCCACCCCUCACGGUUAACACCACAGCCCACAAACCUUUGUGGGGCCAACAGACCUUUGUGGGGACUACAGUCCCCCGUGGCCCACCCCUCACGGUUAACACCACAGGCCCACAGACCUUUGUGGGGCCUGCAGUCCCUUCUACCACUACUUGCCCAAAGGCCUUUGUUGGGCCUACAGUCCCUGCAACCACUACUGUCUUAAAGAGCACCAGGGCCUUGCCUGGCCACACGACCUCAGCUGUAGUUGCAAGCACCAGCACCGAGAUAUCAGUGCUUCGAUGCACUUCUAGUUCUACCUUCCUGCCAGGCACGCGGGGCCCACCUGCCCAGCGUGUGAGUGGUGUGAAGGAAGGGAACAACAUCACUCCCAAGACUGGAAGACCUGGAAUUCCUGCUUUAUGUCAGCAUAAUGGGGGCCCACCUGAUGCAAACACAGAUGAAACCCUCAUCGUGUCUAUGAUGGCAGCCCUCUGUAUCAGCAACCGCCCUCGGAACCCUGGGGGCCUACCUGUCUCUAAGGCAACUGGUGCUACGGGGAACAGCACCAUACCUGCUGUGACUGGACCAAAUAGUGGUCCCCCAUUCCUACAGAGCACACAGAACCCCCCAAGCCACAGCACUGGUGGUGCCAUGGGGGAUACCACCAUGCAUCUUAGAGAGAACUCUCUACUCUCGGAACACGUGGACCUGCCCCUAGUCAGGGCACCCCUCUGA